AUGCUCCGAGAGCUGCUCACACUAGCCCUAGUCGGGCUGAUGAUGCCUCUCUCUUGGGCAUGUCCGACGCCCACCUCCUCCACGAAGGUACCUUCUUCGACUCCUACGACUACCCCUGGAAAGACAGAUAGGCUGGUCUUCUGUCACUUUAUGAUCGGAAUUACCAGUAACCGCCAAAGCGCCAGCGACUACGACGAUGACAUGAAACGCGCCAAAGACGCAGGCAUAGAUGCCUUCGCGUUGAACAUCGGCACUGACUCGUACACCGACACCCAACUCGGUUUCGCCUACGAGUCCGCCGCAAAGAACGGGAUGCAAGUCUUCCUCUCCUUCGACUUCAACUGGUGGAACGUCCGCCAGGGAAGCGUCGUCGGCGCCAAGGUCAAGCAAUAUGCGGACCAACCCGCCCAACUCAAGGUCGAUGGCAAGAUAUUCGUGUCCUCGUUUUCUGGGGACAGUGUCGAUGUCAAUGCUAUGAAUUCUGCCGCUGGCCAGGAACUCUUCUUCGCGCCGAAUUUCCACCCGGGCCAGGGCAAUUUUGAUGCUAUCCAGGGUGCACUGAAUUGGAUGGCGUGGCCGAAUAAUGGUAAUAAUAAGGCGCCAACUGCGGGGCAGAAUGUUAGCGUUGUCCAGGGUGAUGAGGCUUAUAAUAAGGCUUUGAAUGGGAAGCCCUAUGUUGCGCCUGUCUCGCCGUGGUUCUCGACCCAUUUCGGAAGCGAGGUCUCGUAUAGCAAGAAUUGGGUCUUCCCUUCUGACUUGCUGUGGUAUGACCGCUGGCGAGAGAUCCUGGCUCUUGGUCCUCGUUUCGUGGAGAUUAUCACUUGGAACGACUAUGGCGAGUCGCACUAUGUUGGACCGCUCUCGUCGCCGCAUACCGAUGACGGGGCAUCAAAGUGGGUGAUGGACAUGCCACACAAUGGCUGGCUAGACAUGGCCAAGCCCUUCAUCGCGGCAUACAAGGCCGGCGCCACCGUUGCUCUCCCGUAUAUCCAAGAAGAGAAGCUGGUAUACUGGUACCGACCAACUAAGAAAGACCUGAAUUGUGACGCUACCGACACCACGAUGCAAGGCAACCCCAACAAUUCCAGCGGCAACUUCUUCGCUGGCCGACCGAAUGGGUACGAGUCCAUGACGGACGAAGUCUUCGUCGUCUCGCUACUCAAAUCCGCUGCUCGCGUGACCGUACAAUCAGGCGAUCAAUCCGCAACCUUCGACGCACCGGCCGGCAUCAGUGCGCACCGAGCCCCAAUGGGCGUGGGCAAGCAAAAGUUCGCCGUCUCCCGAAAUGGGCAGGAUAUCCUGUCGGGGACCAGUUUGAAGGAUAUCGUGGACACUUGCAUCCGCGGGAUCUACAAUUUCAAUGCGUACGUGGGGACGCUCCCGGCGCCAACCACGAUUGACCGGCUCCAGCCGGCUGGGCGCGCUAUGUUGUCCCAGGGAUUAAAGGUCUCCUGCCCGACUAAUACACUGGGCGCGAGUGGGACGAGCAGUGCUACACCUAUUGCCAGG